AUGGGGCGCCCGCACCGCAGUCGAAAGUCGGCAGACGCUGCCACCGUCCAUAGAUUGAACGAGAGCCGACGAGCCCUACUUCAUGAGAUAGACAACGCGAAGUUCUCUUGGUUCCACGUGAAAAUUGCGUUCGUCUCGGGCGCGGGCUUCUUCACAGAUGCCUACGACAUCUUCGCGAUCACUAUUGUGUCGAUCAUCUUGGGCUACCUCUACGGAUCUGUUGAUCCUGCUCCCGGUCCAAGUCUGGACUCCGCAUCACACCGUACUCUAAGCCCAACCAAACAAGAUCUUGGAAUCAAGAUCGCUACACCAGCUGGUGUUCUUGUAGGGCAACUGCUUUUUGGAUGGCUAGGAGAUGUACUUGGUCGUAAACGUAUAUAUGGCAUAGAACUCCUAGUUAUCAUGGUGGCAACCUUUGGUCAAGCACUGUGCGCACCUGCCAUGGCUAUCGACUUCUUGAACGUACUCAUAUUUUGGCGAUUUGUGAUGGGCAUCGGAAUAGGUGGCGACUAUCCUAUUAGUGCUGUCAUCUCUUCAGAGUUUUCCUCGGUACACAUCCGAGGUCGCGUCAUGGCCGCCGUUUUUGCCAACCAAGGCUGGGGACAGUUGUCUGCUACACUCUUUUCGUUUAUAAUUGUUGCCGCUUACAAACACUCAUUUCUGAACGACCCUCCUGCCGACGUCUUUCGAUCUCUUGAUCAAGUAUGGCGUCUCAUCGUCGGCCUCGGAUGCGUCCCUGCUGCCAUUGCAAUAUACUUCCGCUUGACAAUCCCGGAGACUCCUCGUUUCACUAUGGACAUCGAGCGGAACAUCCGCCAAGCUCGCAACGAUGUUGACGUUCUCCUUAGUCAAGACGAAACAUAUACGGUCGACCACGAUGCUAUCGAUCAGCGUGUACAAGCUCGCAAGGCUACAAGAAGCGACUUCACGACUUACUUCUCAAAGUGGGAAAAUCUGAAGGUUCUCAUCGGCACAUCGUAUUCCUGGUUUGCCCUGGACGUCGCAUUUUAUGGUCUCGGUCUGAACUCGUCCAUUAUACUCUCUGCGAUAGGCUUUGGGUCACAGAGCAACAGCAGCAUGCCGGGCGCGGAGAUCAUCUACAAUGCGCUUCGCAAUCUGACCUUGGGCAAUCUCAUCCUGUCUGUUGCAGGCUUGGUGCCGGGAUAUUGGGUAACGUUCCUGCUCAUCGACCGGUGGGGCCGGAAGCCAAUACAGUUCAUGGGAUUCAGCGUGCUCACUAUUCUAUUCCUGGUGAUGGGGUUGGCGUACGACAAACUAAAAUCCUCAUCUGGCGGGAAGAUCGCGUUCGUCGUGUUAUACUGCCUAGCGAACUUCUUCGAGAACUUUGGCCCGAACACGACAACGUUCAUCGUUCCCGGAGAGGUGUUCCCCACGCGCUACCGCGCGACUGCGCACGGUAUCUCUGCAGCCAGCGGGAAGUUCGGUGCCGUUAUCGCUCAAGUAGCGUUCCAGUGGUUGAAGGACGUUGGAGGACCAACGGGAUCGAACAAGUUCCUUGGCCACAUCCUCGAGAUCUUCGCCUUCUUCAUGUUGACCGGCAUCCUCUCAACGAUGCUCAUACCCGAGACGAAACAGCAAACGCUGGAGGUGCUCUCGAAUGAGAGUCAGGACGAGUUUAUUCAAGGUUUGCGUCUCACAAAUGUCUCAAUUCCUUUGCUUGUCUGA